GCGGCGAGCAGGUUUUGUUUCCGGGAGAGUUUGGUGAUGUGGCUCUGCUUGGAAAUCCUUCCGAGGAGAUAUAGCUGAUAAAGAGAGCGUCCAAAGACCACCGGGAAGCGCUCAGACGGUGCCGUCCUUAUGUUCAGCCGCCUGGCUACAGUCCUCCAGGAGCUCUCUGGAGAGGAGGGUCAAGAUGGAGAAAUCUCUCCGCAACUUCCUCCCGAUGCAGACCAGACUCCAGGAGAGUCGGAAGCGCCCGAGGAGGCCAGUGAGCGUCUGGCCCACCUGGAACAGCUGGUGGUGCAGCUCAAGGAGCUCAUCCGUGACAAGGAUGCUCAGCUGGCUGGCAAAGAUUCACUUCUCAAGAAUGAAAGGGAGACGAGCGAGGCUCGCUUUAGUAAGCUCAAACUUCAGGCCAAAGCCAAGAUAGCUUCCCUCAGCAAGCAAAUUGAUGCUUUGAAGGGACAAGAAGGAGCCAUCGUAAGUCUCAAUCAAAUACACGGUCUCGAUGAAAAAAUGACGAAAUGCAUCCUUUGUCGACACCAGAGCCCCGACACCUCGUUUUCAAGAGACGUGGCUGCGGAAGGCGACCAACAAGAGCUCCAAAGCAAACUCCAUGAAGAAGAGGCCAAGAGUAGCGAUCUGCGAACACGACUCCGGGCCGCCGAGAAGCUGCUGGAGGAGAAGGAUGGCGCCCACGCCGAGCACUUGAGGCACCUCCAGGAAGUGGUACGCGACAAGGAUGUACGCUUUCAGGAGCAGAUCCAGAAACACGAAGAGGAGCUGCUGAGAGCCUCGGCGCCCGCGUCCAAUGAUGCCGAGCUGCAGCAGACCCUCCACGCAUACCAGCGGCGGUGUGAGGAGCUCGAGGAGGCCUUAAAAUCCCGUUCGCAAGUGCUGGAAAUGCUGCAGCAGGAAGUCACCUUCGCCGAUCAACAAAAACAGAUCCUGACCGCUCAGUUCCGGCAAAUGGAGGGGGAGCUGGCCGAAGCGGUCAAGCAGAAGCAGGAGUGGGCCCAGCGCUCCGGCGAAGCUGAGGCCGCCCUCCGGGAAGCACUGGAGCGGGCCAAAGAGGAAACCGCCAAGCACGAGACGGAGUUCUCCGCGCUGAGCCGGGCGGCUAGCGACAACCUGGAAAAGGAGAGGAUGGAAGUUGCCAGACUGGAAAAAGAGAUUGCUCUGAUGAACGAGAACGCCCUGGCCUGCCGUGAAGCCAUGGAGGAAGACAAAUUGGAAAUAUCUCGCCUGGAACAGGAGCUCACAUCUACCAGAGAGGCCUGGUCAGAAGUCAUCCAGGCCGGCCAGAGCGACCUGGAAGAGACAAAAUCGCACGUAAACAAGCUGGCGCAAGAGGUGGCUUCUCUUCAAGCGGGACAGGAAGAGGCCUGGAAGAAGAGCGAGGUCUUGGCCCAAAUUUGGAGACAUCUACAACCGCUUGGCGACGCGUCGGAGGACGCCACGCUCCCAGAUGACCUUUCUCUUGUUCUGGACGCUGUGCUGACCAUUGAGACACAAAUGACUAAGCUGAAGCAUGAUCACCAGGAAAGCGAGGAACGUUGUGUUGAAGUCACACACGCCAUGGAGGCUCUUCAAGAACAACUGGACAGAAGUAGCAGCGAGAAGGAGGACGCCGUUGCCAAGAUUCAGCAGCUGGAGCAGCAAAUUGAGCCGACUUCCGAAAGGGAUCCAGAGGAGCCACAAGCGGAUGUGUCUUCUGAAGCCGACAUAGCGACCGUCUCGGCGCUGGAGCGACAACUUCGGGAAAAAGAUAACGAGCUGAGCGUCCUGCGAGAACGUCUGCGAACGGCUGAAGAGCAGAGCGCCGGCGAGGCGGUGUCACCUCGCAUUGUCCAUCAACCUCCGGUUCAGGCCCAAGAUGACGACAGCGGAGGUAAUUCCGCAAAGCCUCCUGACUCCCUGGACGACACCCAAGAAGAGGAAAGCACUUUGGUCGCCGAGGACACGUCCGCGACCAUGAAGAACGAAAGCAGCCCUGAGCUCAUUGAGCAUCAAGAAUCCCCCGAGGAGUCCAAAGGGACUUCCUCUGAUGAGAUGGUCACCAGCACCGAUUCUGAGGUGGCUCACAGCACCUGGACCCUUCUGGAAGCCGUGAACCAGGACGGACGGCAGGAAUGGCCCUCGCUCAUGCAGGACUUUGGUCAGCUGCAGUCGUGGGAGGAAACCUCCGCAACUUCAGCGACGACUUCCUCCGUCGUAGAGGUUCACGUCACUCGGGAAGGCGCCUCCGCCGAAAAUGACCAAGCUGGCCUUUUUGCGCAGGCUCUGGCAGAGGAGCUCCAGAAAAGGUACGGUGAACUUCUGGCUGAGCUACAAACGCUCAAAGAGGCGGCUGCGGAGUCACAGGAGAUGAUCAAGAGUCUGGAAGAAGAAACACAAAGGCUUACCGCCGAGAAGGACGACGCGGCGUCUCGGGCCAGUAACUUUGAAGAAGAGCUCAAGUCUGCCAGAGAGGACCUACAACAUCUCUCCACUCACGUGGCGGAGAAGCACAGCGCCGAAAUGGAUGCACUCUCCGGUGACAGCAAAGCCAAGGAGCAGAAGAUCCAGGCUCUCCAGGCUGAUUUGGAAAUGGUUGGCCGAGCCUUAUCCGAGCAGGCUCAGGCUCUUGCAGAAGAGCACCAGAAAAGGGACGGUGAACUUCUGGCUGAGCUACAAACGCUCAAAGAGGCGGCUGCGGAGUCACAGGAGAUGAUCAAGAGUCUGGAAGAAGAAACACAAAGGCUUACCGCCGAGAAGGACGACGCGGCGUCUCGGGCCAGUAAGUUUGAAGAAGAGCUCAAGUCUGCCAGAGAGGACCUACAACAUCUCUCCACUCACGUGGCGGAGAAGCACAGCGCCGAAAUGGAUGCACUCUCCGGUGACAGCAAAGCCAAGGAGCAGAAGAUCCAGGCUCUCCAGGCUGAUUUGGAAAUGGCUGGCCGAGCCUUAUCCGAGCAGGAGAAUCAGGUCCUGAUGUUGAGCACGCAGUUGGAGGACAAAGAGCUCCUAUCUUCUCAGCUGGAGAGGAAGCUUGAAGAUAUGGAGAGCAGCAUGUUGGAACAGUCGCACAUGUCCGCUCUCGACGGCGAGUCUUUGUCGAAGAAGGACUCUGAAAUCUGCGAUCUGCAGCUCCGCCUCAGCCAGAAAGAGCGAGAGAUGAGCGAGCUGGACCAAAGCAUGUCGGCAAAACUCAGCCGUGCAGAAGAGGAGCGAGUCUGGGUAGACGGGGAAGUCAACAAACUGAAGGAGCAGCUGGCGGAGCUUCGGCAGUCACGAGAAGAGUCGUCCUCUCCGGAGAUGGAUGUGGAAGUGGUGAAUUUACGCAGGUCCAAAGAGGACCUUGAAACCCAGCUGACAAACACAAAGAAGAAGUUGCAGGUCGUGCUCGUGCAACGGAAAGAGCUCACCAAGAAGGUCGCCGAUCUGGAGACCAAGAAGGACGCGGAAAAAGAAGAACCCGCCGCAACCGAGGUUGAACAAUCUGAGGCGAUGGAAGCCAAAUUGGAGGAGCUGGCGCAGACGUUGAGGGCCAAAGACGAAGCCAUCGAGAACCUUCGGUCCACCGUUACCCGGCAGGAGCAGCUUCUCGCGCAGAGCAAGGAGACUGCCGAACGGCAGGAGGACGUUUGCUCCGACAACACCUCGCUAAGAUCCCGAGUGGCCUCCUUGGAAACGGAUUGUGAAAGCCUGCAGAAGAAAGUCCUGGAUGCCCAAGAAUCUCGCAAGGAGAGCAUCCGCAAAGCCAAAGAGAAAGACCGGCACUAUCGGGAUCAGCUCAAGCAGCAGAAGGAGGACUACUCUCAACUCAUGGGACGCUUCGAGCGGCAGAGCGGCGAGCUGGAUCUUCUUCUCGCCAAAGUUCGGCAACUAGAAGAUCAAACGGGCCCUCGUGGAGAGCAGAGCGAGGAGCUGCUGGCAAAGAUGGAGAAGAGCUCCGCUAACGAUUGGGUCCAAGAAGACUGGGUGGAUUUUGCAACAUCUGAGAGUGACUCAGCGCAGCGUAAAGCUGAUCUUCAGGAGGAGCAACCUUCUGAGCUUGGCUCCGCUCAAGCGGAGGAACCCUUGGAAGCUCUCAAGGAAGAGAUCCACGCCAUGCGGAUGGCCAACUCGGCACUGGAGAGCAAGCUUCAGGAAGCUCAGAGCCAUCUGUCCCGGAAGGAGCUUGAACUGCGAGAAGUUAGCGAGGAGCUACGAGCCCUACGAGAAAACGAAAGACAGAUCGACGGCCUCUCCCGUGAAAUUCAAGAUCUCCGAGAAAAGCACCGGCAAGCCGAGCUUUGCGCAGAGGCCUUGAAAGCGGAAAUGGAAGCCGCCACCGUCGCGGCAUCUUCUCAGUCCGCCGGCGCCAUUGCCGCUCUUCAAGCCGAAGUGGAGGAUUUCAAAGCCUUCCUGGACUUGAAGAACGGCGAGAUCACCGAGCUAAGCCAGCAGCUGGCCGACCAAAACGCCCUCAUCCUCUCCAUGCAGGACGCCGUGGGCCAGAAGGAUCAACUCAUAGCCUCCUUAGAGGAGGCGCUCAAGGUGGAACAGGAGAAGAAUGACAAGUUGGAGGGUGAGGCUCCGCAGAGGCACGAGGAGCAGGACAGCGAAGCCAAGCUCCAGCAGCUUCAGCGCAAGCUUCAGGCAGCCCUCAUCUCUCGCAAGGAAGUGCUGAAGGAGAACAAGACCCAGAAGGAACAGCUGACUUCCAGUGAGACCCUCAUUGUUGAGCUGCAGCAGAAGAUGCAGGCCGCGCAGGAGGAGCUGGAGAAGCUCCGAGAAGAGCGCAGCAGGCUCAUAGAUGAGGUGGACCGCAUGUUGUUAGAAAACCAAAGCUUGGGCUCGUCCUGCGAGAGCCUCAAACUGGCGAUGGACGCCAUAGCGAGCGAGAAGGACGUAUGUCGGAGAGAAGGCGAGCUGGCCAAAGAGGAGGCGGCCAGGAUGUGCACGGAAUGGGAGGAGAAGGUCAGCGGCAUGAAGGACGAGUACGAAACCCUGCUGCGUUCCUACGAAAACGUCAGCGACGAGGCGGAGCGCGUCAGGCGAGUCCUGGAGGCCGCCAGGCAGGAGAGGCAGGAGCUCGCCGCCAAGUUGAGGUCCAACGAGGCCUCCAAGCAGGAAGCCCAAACGCAGGCCGAGGAGGCUCGCAAAGAAGUGGAGGCGGUCAAAGACAAAAUGAGGAAGUUUGUCAAAGCAAAGCAGCAGAAGAUCCUGGAGUUGGAGGAGGAGACGGAGAGACUUCGCGAGGGCCAGGAGAAAGCGCCGGACCACGCCGAGCUGAGCCGACUUGGGGAGGAACUCCGCACUUUGAAAGCGGAGCUGGAGGCGACGGUGGCAGAAAGAGACGCUUUCACGCAGCAGAUUGGACAACUGAAGGAACAACUGAAGGAACAAUUGGAGCAAAAGCAGACCGAAUUUGCGGAGCCCAAAGAAACCCCAGAAGACCACGCAAGUUCUGAGUCAGCUCAAGAGGUUGGUUCGGAACCUGCGAGGGAGGAGGUUUCAUUCCAGGAGAAAACAAACCAGACGGAGCUUGCUCUCGAUUCGGAAAGGUGGCAGGAGAAGGAGGCGGAACUCAAGGUUGAACUUGCCUCGCUUGAACGGAAUCUCCAGGAGAGCAACGAAAAGGCGAGUCUGGCCGCCUCCCUGGAAGAGCGUCUACAGGAGGGCAAGGAGCGAGAAAGGUCUCUCAUCCAGGAGAGUGCCCAACGGGAGCUCCAGUUCAAGGAACUCCUUCAAAAUUUGGAAAGCGAGAAGGACAACUUGGAGGAACGUCUGAUGAACCAGCUGGCCCAACUCAACGGCAGCAUCGCCGGGUACCAGCAAGAGGCUUCCGAGCAGCGCCGGCGCCUGGAUGAAGUGACGCGAGAGGCGGCCAAGCUGGAGAAGGAGCGAGACGACCUGGAAGCCGAGGCCCGGGCGCAGACGGACCGAGCGGCCCGGCUGGAAGAAGACACGAGGCAAGCCCAGAGGCGGCGGGACGAAGCCGAAGCCGACACGGGCAAGCGGAGGGAGCUGGAGCAGCAGCUGAGGUCGGCCCAGCGGGUCAAAGAAGGCAGCCAGAGUCGAGCACGGCAGCUAGAGGAACUCCUGAGGGAGAAGCAGCUGGAGGUCCGUCAGCUUCAGAAGGAUUGCAUCCAGUAUCAAGAGCGCAUCAGCGAGCUGGAAGUGGAGGGCAAGUCCCUGCGGCUGGGCCACGAGGAGCUCGCCGAGAACCUUCAACGCUCCCACCGGGAGACUUCCGAGAAGCUGGAGGAGCUCAAGAGGACCGAAGGAGAAUUGGCCGACUGUAAGUCGGUCUUGAGCGAAGCGGAAGAGCAGCUCGGCAAAGUCACGCUUGAGAAAACGACCUUGGAGAAGACCAUGCUACAAAAGGAAGCUCUUUGGAAAGCCGAAGCGGAGCGAACUCUGGAUUCCGUCAGGUUCCGAUUAGGAGGCGAGCUGAAGGAGAUGGAGCUGAGACUGGACGAGGCUUACGGCGAGCGGGACAAAGAAGAAGAAGCCACGUCGGAGGCCAGAGCCGCGGCCGAGGCAGCCGAAAGACGAGCGCAGGAGAUGCAGGCCCGUCUGGACGAGGCCUUGGCCCGUCUCGCCGCCUUCUCGCGCUGCAUGUCGUCGCUGCAGGAUGACCGAGACAGAGUUGUGGACGAGGCCCGGCAGUGGGAGACGCGCUUUAACGACGCCCUGCUCGCCAAGGACGCCGACAUUCGGGAGGCGGAAAGCAAAGCCAAGGAGCUGGCGGAGAACCUCGCCAAAGAAUCGGCCCUCAAAGAAGAACUCCGGCUCAAAGUGGACAGGUUGGAAAAAGCCGACGAGGAGCGGCGGGUGAAGUUAGAUGAGGCGGAGGAGAUGUGGAAGGCCAGCCGAGCCGAGGCGGAGAAGGAGCACGCCGAGGUCCUGCGAACCGCCGCCGAGUUGCAGUCGGCGCAGAACCAAGCACGGCUGCUCGGGGCCGAGGCGGAAAGUCACAAGCAGAGGCUCCGCGCUCUAGAAGAGGCGGCGGCCCGACUGCAGGAGGACCUCGGCGGCGCCCGGGCCGAGCUGCGGGAGAGGGAGGCGGACGCUCGGCGUCUGGGCCUGACCUUGGAGCAGACGGAGGCCGACCUGCACGCCUCCAAGGCCUCGACGGAGAACCUGCAGGUGGCGCUGCACGAGAAGGAGAAGAGGGAAGUGGAAAUGUUGGAUGAGAAGGAGCAAGCUGUCGCUCAGGCCGCCGAGGAGGCUCGCAAGGAGGCGGACGGCAGGGCGCGCCACGCCGAGGAAGAACUGGAGCGCAGACGAGAAGAACUGCGAGACCUGGAGGAGAAACUGAGACUGGCCGAGGAGAAGAGCGACGUCCGUCGGGCCAAGCUGGACUCCUUCACCAAGGCCAUGGGGUCCUUGCAGGACGACAGGGACCGAGUGCUGGGCAUGUACAAGCAGCUGGAGGAGAAGCACGUCCAGGUGCUGGUGGACAAGGACGCCCUGAUCCAGGAGGCGGCAAGCGAGAGCAACAGUCUGAAGGAGGAGCUGCGCUCGCUGCUCGUCCAGAGGGACGACUUGUACGCCGAGAAGGCCAAACUGUCGGCUCAGCUCCACGGCUACAGGGACGAGCUCAAGCAGGUUCUCAGCAUGAAGGACUCUCAGCACAAACAACUCCUCGCCGCCCAGCGGGAGCGCAUCGCCUCCUUGGAGAAGGAGCGAGACGACCUGGCGGACGCCUUGAAGAAGGCCGGUGAGUCGGAAGCGGUCAAAGUGGAGCGGGUGACGCCCUUGCAGGCCGUCCACGCCGGGGCCGAGGUGGAGAAGUUAAGGGAGCAGCUGGAGGCUGCCCGAGCACAAGUCAAAGCUCUGGAGGAGAACCUUCUCCAGGAGAGGGAGACGCACCAGAGGGAGACCAAAGAACUCUCAGAGCUGCGCUGGGAGGGAGGCCUGAUGCGUACAGAGUCCGAGAGCGCCCAAGAGAGGGUGGCCGAGCUGGCCCGAGACCUGCUGGCCGUGGAACAGAAGCUGCUGGCGGAGAAGGAACUGGCGGAGCAACUGAGGGCGGAGAACCAGUCGUUCGGCAAGGCCAUGGCCUCCCUCCAGGACAGCAAGGACCAGGCGGAACGCAAAGCCCGACAGCUGGGUCUCAAGCUGGAUGAGGUGCUGGGCAACGUCGCGAGCCCCACUUCAGGCUCCGCCGGAGAAGUGUGGAGCCUGAAGAACGCCCUGCAAGCUCUACAGAACGACCGCGAGAGACUGCUCGAGCAGCUUCGGGCCCAGACGACGGAGCUGAAGAGCGACAAGUCGGAGCUGGCUCGUCUGGGAGCGGGAGAGCUGAUCAAAGUCAGCCAAGAGCUCUUUGAGGAGAAGAACAAGAACGCGCACUUAGCCGGCGUCAUCGCCGAGAUGGAGAACGCGGCGGCCACCUCCAAGCAGGAAAUGGAGAUGAUCAGGCUGGAACGCGCGGACUGGAUGGCCCAAGCCGAGCAGCUGAGGCAGCAGACGCUCAGCGCGUUGUCCGAGCGAGACCAGCAGCUGAGGCAGCUCGCCGCCAUGCUGGAGGAGGCCCGCGCCCACACGCCCAAACGCCAAAAGGAACACCCCUCAUUUACUUCCUCUCAGGACACGGACAGUGCCCCAGGUGCUCCUCAGGAGAAGGGCAGCCUGCAGGAGGUGCACGCCUCCCGGGCCGAGCUUUCGCAGCUGCAGCAGAGACUCGACGAAGAGACGCAGCAGAGGCUAGCGGCCGAGGAGCAGCUCGUGGAAGCGCAGGAUCGACUCAGGCGCCAAUCGAAAUGGGAGGAUCAGUCGGAGACGGCCGUUUUCAUCGAGCCGCCCCAAGGCAGCGUCAUCACGCGAGCGAGCGGAAGCCGCCGAGGCGCCACCCCGAGCUUGCUGCGGGCGCUUCGCUCGGGCACGUGCUGGCGCCGCCGCACUCCGCUCCUGCUGGCCGUCUACCUGCUAAGCGUGCACGUGCUCCUGCUGCUGUGCAUGGGCGGCUUCCUGUGACAUCACAAAAGGGUUUCCGCACACAAACAUUGCACUUUACGUAGACUCCGACACACACACACACACACACACACGUUUGCCGAUUUAUUAGGAUCCCCGAGUCCGACUCAUCCGAGACUUUUAAUAACCGCCAGCGUCCGGGUGCGGCCCACGCUCGGCGUGCCUAAUGCAUUGGCCGGGGGAUGAGGUCAUUUUGAGGGAGGCUGCUGUUAGUUUUAAAAGGGAAAAAAUGUCCGGCGUGGGAAUGCAAAUAAUCGUCUACAUAUUUAUAUCUCCAAAGUGGCUGUUAGGUCGUGCAGGUCGUCUUCCGCACACUUUCUGUUAUUACAAAAAUGAUUUAUGGUGCAAUGACCGAUAAUUCCGUUCUACGUUCCCCUCAUUGUUUGGAUGGAUGGUUCCGGCUUCUUUCUUUCCUGCUUUCAUCGUUCCUGCAGGAGGUGUAGACUGUAUGUAACCGUUUCAAAGGGCUGCAGGGAAAGGUGUUUUUCUGUUACUGAACUACUAAGACGUCCCAUUUCGGUGGUGGAAGGUAUCCGUCCAUCCUUGUUGUUUUCGCUGACAUGUUCACAAGUUUGGAAUAAAAGGAUAUUUUUAGUGGGAACUGAA